AGAACGGAAGACAGUUGGUGGCGUCUGCGGAUGGGGCGUUGCGCAAUCCAUGGUCCGACUGCAUAUUCUAUCACGUCUUCUGCCCCAGCAGCGUGGAGGUAAUGUAAGUCUGCGGGACUAAGAAGCCAGGAGUAUGGCUGCGGAUAGAGGAAAAGGUUCGCAGCGGGUAUAUCUAGUAGUGCAUCACCUGGUACUGCUAAUCUCAUCUCCACUACACGUUCCAAUCUUUCGAAUUAGUCGAUUGCUACAGCUCUCAGAGCUUGACUUUGAGAUCUCAGAAACUUCUUCGAGCAAUUGGCUUGACGACGAAUCAAAUCAGACAGCAUGGGCUGCGGAUCCUGUCUUAUGAUCACGCUUCGGCUUUUCCAAGCCCUUUGCGCCAUCAACAUGAUAGCGCUGGGUGCAUGGAUCAACCACACCGUCACCAGCGCCCGCGAAAAAGGCGACGAUGUCAUCAACGCCAUCUUCGAGGACCCAGACCGGGAGAAGCUGGUUCGAAACUUCUUCGAUUCUCUCCUUCAGACGCCAAAGAGAGUGUGGUUUACUAUCGGCGCUGGCACCUGGACCCUCCUCUACCUCCUUCUCCUAACCAUCACCUACCUUGUCUCUCGCCGCCGCGCACGCAAAAACCGGAGCAUUCCUCCCUCCUACACAGAUCCAGCAUCUAACUCCAUAUCCACCCCAAAACGCCCCCACCCGCUCCCAACUCCCCUGCACCUAACCCUCGACCUCCUUACCACCCUCCUCCUAGCCGGCGCCUUCGCUGCCAUCGCCUCUCUAGCUCUAUCACUAGAGCCCGUCUGCGUCGCUCUCGACUUCGCAGCCCCGGAGACACUCGCAUUCGUGAAGGUUUGCCCCAUCAGCAAAGUCGAAGCUACUAUGAGCGGACUAACAUGGUUACUCUUCGCCUUCACCUCCAUCAGCUUAAUCGUGAAACACUGCUGCGGCUGCCUCAAGCGCCGUCGUGAGCGGAAGGCGAGGAAGAUAAACUUUGAUCCUGCAGCUUUCUCUGCUGGUUCAGCGCCACGGAUGGGGUAUGUGGCGGUGCCGGCGCCGCAGAUGUAUGCGGGUGGGCCGCGUGCGCAGCCGAUGGAGAUCGGGAGGGAGGGUGAGAUGCGGUAUGAUCUGCAUUCACCGGUUGAUGGGCGGAAGAAGGGGGGGUUCGUAGAGGUUAGAGUUGUGGAGGAUGAAGAUGGUGGGGAGCGGGGCAAGGAGAGGAAGGGGAUAUUUGGGUUGAUGGGGAAGAAGGGAGGACGGAAGGGGUAG